GACGCUUUGGCACAUUGCCUCCAUCGCUGCGUUUGUGGCGUUUGUGGACGUAAAGGAGCGAGCGAUUGAUUGCUUGCAUCGCUGCGAUCGCCCACAGUGCGUGCAAGGCUAUAGCCAAGCUUACCGGGCAACAUGCUGCUCGCCACUCUGCGUCGCCCAGCCGCAGUGCUGCGUACGCUGUCGACGCGGGCGCUCUCGACCGCAGCACCGUUCGCCGCGAACGCGGAGAACUUCAUCGCACAAGUGCUACAAAACCCAAAGCCCGUCGUCCUCGACUGCCAGGCCGACUGGUGCGGCCCCUGCAAGACGCUCGCCCCCAUUUUGGAAGCGGAAAUCGCCAAGACCCAGGGCAAAGUGUUACUCGCGACGCUGGAUGUGGACGCGGAGCAGGAGUUGUCAGGAAGACUCGGCGUCCAGCAGCUCCCGACGGUCAUGGGUUUUUGUGGCGGCACGGUCCCGAAGGACGGCGCCGGCAACCCGCUGGUUCUUAUUGGUGCCGUGCCGCAGCCUCAGGUGGCGCAGUUCGUCUCCCUUCUCGCGUCGCUGGCUCCGGCCGAGGGAGAGCUCCCCGAGGACGCGACGCAGGCUAGGGUCCAGGCCUUUCAGCUGCUGGAUUCUGGAAAUGUGCCCGGCGCCGCCGAGGCCUUCCAGGGCGAAUAUACGAGAUUAAGGACCAUGGACGAGAAUGAUCGAGCAAAGGCCGCGGCGGACCCGGCCGCGCCGCGGAAGUCGCGGGGCGUCGAGCCGCUGGAAUACGACUCCGACCGGCCCGAAUCCAUCGAAAUGGCCUGGUGCCUGUACGGGCUCGCGCGGUGCGCUCUGGAAAACUCGCCGUCGGAGCCGGAGGCCGCCGAUCAAAUCUUGGGCGCGCUGCGGGAUAAAAGAAGGAAGAACGUUAUUGACAAGGAGCCGAAUUUGAAGGCUGCUGUCAGUAGAUUGGCCCUGGCGCUCGACGGCGACGCCGGCGACGGCGACGCGCUGUCGGUGGCUCGCAGAAUAUUCGCGUCGGGCGACGUCGAAGGCGCUCUGGACCACGCGCUGGACGCCGUCAAGGCCGCGGCGGGCGACGACGAGCGCGAGGCGGCGCGGGAGCUCUGCGUGACGAUCAUCGACGCGAUGGGCCCGGGCAAGGAGUCGCUGCGGGCGCGGAAGAAGCUCGCGAGCGUGCUCUUUUAGGCUUAUUCUUAAAUUAGUUGUUUACACAG